AUGCAACUCACCAAAAUCGUCGGAGCAGCAGCUCUCUUAGCCACCUCAGUCCUCGCAAAACAAGAAGCUCCAGCUCAUCGUCUCCAACGCUAUCACGACCACAACGACGUCCCAGUCGUAACCACAACUUCAAGCACAACAACACCAUGCACUACAUCUUCUCUGACCUCCCUCUCAAUCUCUACAAGCUCCCUCUCCCUCUCCACAGCACCCUCAACCUUCAACACCUCCCUCGCCACCCCCCUCCCCGGCAUCAAAACGCGAAACCGCAAAGCCAAAGGCCAUAAACUCACUAUCUCAUAUAGCAGCAUCAAACCGACGACCAACACGUCGAGCAUCACACAUGCGUCCUCUACUGCUUCAAUCACAGGCUGUUCCGCGCCAAGUACCUCGACGAGUGUGAUCACCAUCACGAAUAAUGUCACAAGCACCAUCACACUCCCGUUCAACUCCACGUCCCAAACGACAACAACCUCUUCAACGACCACCUCCACAACUUCACAUACAACUAUCAUCACGCCGCUCCCUCUCACCUCCGUGCUCCCGGCUACAGUCGCUACAGGCGCGUCCUCGGAGCUUCAUCCAUCCACGAGCGUAGUAGCGACGACGAUUGUGUCAGGCACGCCACCAGGCGCGACGGCGAACCCGAAGGCGUUGCAUUGUGGACUGCACGGUCUGCCCGUGGGCGAUUACUUCCUCGCGGGGUUCGUGGAGAACGAAACGUCUGGACGACUGGACGUGUGGAAGUGUUGGAGGUAUUGUACCUCCGUCUUCGGCAUCGACAUGGGCUGCGAAUCCUACACCUUCUACCCCGAAGAGGGCACCGACGCGCCCAGAUGCGAUCUUUAUGGUGGAAGCGUCGCGCAGAGUCUCGAUAGUGUGAAUCGAUUCCAUGUCCUCACAUUUCCCAAUCUUCAACCCCUUGACAAUCUCAGUCCUCAACACAACGACGCCCCGUCGCGUACGACGAAUCCACACACACAAGUUGUAAACUUUGUUUUUGCCCAUAUGCAAGAAGCAUAG